UUUUUCUUUUUUUUUUUUUCCUCCUUAUAAUUUGACCUGGUAAAGACGUACAUAUAUCUAUAUUAUAUUUCCUGCUCUCCAAGGAAGGCAUCCAUGAGACCGUCUCUUCGUCGCUUCCUCUGUGUCGUUUUACCCUUCUCCUCUGUGUCUUCGCCUCAACACCAGGUAGGAAGAAAGAAAGAAUAGAUGGCUAAAACCCGUUUCUUCUCUCCGAAUCCGGGGGUAAUAUCCCUAGAUUCGAACGAUUUCUGGCGGGAAAACGGUGGCGGGGGGUGGGCGACGGCGAUCGUCGUGGUCCUCCUCCUCUCCUGGCAGCUCCUGCGCGCCUUCUCGCGGCGUCGCGCGCCCCUCUCCGGAGAUCCCAAGUCGAUGCCGACCCCGACGACGCCUUCCUCGACCGGGAAUCCUUCUCUAGGGAUAUCGAAUAUCAUAUCUGACGCUGAUUUGAAGGACUUGAUAACCAGUUUGGAAGGGAAGCUCAAAGAUAAAGAGAGAUGGAAAGAUGUAAUUGAUAAAAAGAAUGACCAUAUAUCAUACAAUGCAAAGUGUUGCAGGCCAAAGGAUGGUCCCUUGAAAUACCUUAGUGUCACAACAUUUGAGAGAUGCUCCACUGAACUAUUAAGGGACUUCUACAUGGACAAUGAAUACAGGAAAGUGUGGGACAAGACCUUGAUCAAACAUGAUCAGCUGCAGGUUGAUGAAACCAGUGGGACAGAAUUUGGGCGUAUGAUAAAAAAAUUCCCUCUCCUGACACCAAGAGAGUAUUUGCUGGCAUGGCGUGUGUGGGAAGGAAAAGAUAAAGCCUUCUACUGCUAUGUAAGGGACUAUGAACAUCCGUUGGUACCACGACAGAGGAAAUAUGUUCGAGUUGGUUUUUUCAGAUCAGGUUGGCACAUUAGGAAAAUUCCUGGUAGGGAUGCAUGUGAGAUCACAAUGGUUCAUCAGGAAGAUGCUGGCCUAAAUGCGGAGAUGGCAAAACUAGCUUUUGCCAAGGGGAUUUGGAAUUAUGUGUGCAAGAUGAAUAAUGCACUGCGCGAAUACACUCCUCCCAUCCGCAGUCGCUCAAUCUCUGUUGCAACUCUGCUCAGACUUAUCCAAAAGGUUCCACCAAUGUUGGAGGCUGAUGCUGAGGUAAGUCAGCAAGGACUCUCCGAGAGCCCAGGUGGCAGAACCUAUGGCAGGCAGGCUGUCAGGAAUGUAUCAGGGAAGGAACUAUCAAGGAGGCCCUCAAAGAAGUGGAUAGCAAACGGAUUGUUGCUUCUUGGAGGCAUUGUCUGUCUGUCUCGUGGUCGCUCCAGUCUUGGCACUCAGCUGGCCGUGGCAUGCAUAUUGAAGAAACUUAUGAAGCAUGGAGCGGCAUCAGGACAAGUCGAGACAAACCGUGUUGUAAAGGCUAGACAUGAGCCAAGGCACCAUGUCUGAUCUCAACUUUUGAACCUUCUUUGAUCUACUCAAGCUUAGCCUUGAAAGACAUGUCUGUGGAUUGCAGAAUUCUUCAGUAAUCUUACCCUCUCUUUUUUUUCAACUUGUACAAAGGCAUUAUGAGAGAAACGAUGAUUGCUUGCUAGAUACUCUCGGGCAUAUAAUGGUAGAGCAUCCAGUUCUAAUAUAUGGUCCUGUGAUUGCUGGGUAA